AUGGCCGACAAAGAUGUUGAAGAAAAGACGAUUGCUGAAGACUUGGUCGUCACCAAAUAUAAAUUAGCGGGAGAAAUUGUAAACAGAGUACUUAAACAGGUUAUUGAUAAAUGCCAACCUAACGCAUCGGUACGGCAAAUAUGUGAAUCUGGUGACUCACUUAUUUUAGAAGAAACUAACAAAGUUUUUAAAAAAGAGAAGGAGCUCAAGAAAGGAAUUGCAUUUCCCACUUGUAUAUCAGUUAACAAUUGUAUUUGUCAUUUUUCUCCAAUCCCUAAUGAUCCUGAUGUUAUAUUGCAAGAUGGGGAUUUAGUUAAAAUUGAUUUGGGAGCUCACAUUGAUGGUUUCAUUGCUGUUGUUGCUCAUUCAUUAAUCUUAGGUGCUUCAGCUGAAAAUAAAGUUGAAGGCAAAAAAGCUGAUGUCAUAGUUGCAGCACAUUAUGCAUCCCAAGUUGCUCUUAGACUUCUCAAACCUGGAAAUGAGACAUACAUGAUAACAGAUGCUGUUCAAAAAGUCUGCGAGUCUUUUAAAUGUAAACCUAUAGAGGGAAUGCUUAGCCACCAACUUAAACAGUUUACAAUUGAUGGUGAAAAAACCAUUAUUCAAAAUCCCAAUGAAGCUCAAAAAAAAGAGCAUGAAAAAUAUGAAUUUCAGACGCAUGAAGUUUAUGCGAUGGAUGUUUUAGUUAGUACUGGCGAAGGAAUUAGUAGAGAAAUGAAUUCCAGAACCAGUAUAUACAAAAAAACAGAUGAAGUUUAUCAAUUAAAACUUAAGGCAUCUCGAAUGUUCUUUAGUGAAGCUGUUAAUAAAUAUGGUACUAUGCCAUUUAAUAUUCGAGGAUUCGAAGAUGAAAAUAAAGCUAGAAUGGGUGUUGUCGAAUGUCUAAAUCAUAAGCUUGUAGAACCAUUUCAGGUUUUAUAUGAAAAAUCAGGUGAAUAUGUUGCUCACUUCAAAUUUACAGUGCUGUUGAUGCCGAAUGGAACGCAUGUUAUAACAGGACUGCCAAUUGAUUUGUCAUUUUAUAAAACUGAAUACCAAAUUACUGAUCCUGACCUUCAGGUGCGCCAGUUAAGGUUGAGGGAAAGGUUUAAUCAAAAUUGCCAGUAUGUCAAAGGCAGGCCGCUAUCGCCAUUGAAAUUUAAUGAACCUGUUUUCGGUGAAAACAUUUAA